UACAUAGUAGUUAUCACUCUCGCCUUUGAUUCGACCUUGGCAUAGUGAAUCUAGUUAAUCGGUCUGGAAAAAUAUUCUUUCGAAUGUCUUAGCAUUCCAUAGGGAAUUUGGUUGAAUAAAAUGUCGCUAGAUUUUUUCAUUGGGGUGGAUGUUGGUACCGGUAGUGCCAGGGCCGGACUAGUUUCAACUGAGGGAAAAGUUGUGCGGUCAAGUGUAGCUAAAGUAAGGACAUGGAAUCCUAAGUCAGAUUUCUAUGAGCAGAGCUCUGUGGAUAUUUGGUCAGCAUGCGUGAAAUGCAUAAAGGAGGUCGCAAGGGGUGUGAAUCCUGAAAAUAUAAAAGGAAUUGGAUUCGAUGCUACUUGCUCCUUAGUUUGCUUAGAUAGCGAAGGAAAACCAUUGCCCAUAAGCCAAACAGGGGAUAAUAACCGUAAUGUUAUUUUAUGGAUGGACCACAGAGCAAGGGCAGAAGCAGAAGAAAUAAAUUCCAAACAGCACCAGCUACUUAAAUAUGUAGGUGGAAAGAUCUCCUUGGAAAUGGAAACUCCCAAGCUUUUAUGGCUCAAGAGGAAUCUUUUUGAGACCUGUUGGAAGAAAGCUGCAUACUUUUUCGAUCUUCCUGAUUAUCUUACAUGGAUGGCGACUGAAAAUGAUACUAGAUCCUUGUGUUCUCUUGUAUGCAAAUGGACUUAUGAGGCAUCCGAAGAUGGAAGCCAUAAAUGGAACCCGUCAUAUUUCCAACAGAUAGGACUAGAUGAUCUUGAAACGAAUAAUUGGAAAAAAAUUGGAUCCUUUGUUCAAAAUCCCGGCUCUGCAGUGAAUAAUGGCCUGUGCAAGAAGGCUGCAGAAGAACUGGGGCUUAAAAUUGGUACUCCAAUUGGAACAUCCAUGAUUGACGCUCACGCGGGAGCUCUAGGAAUGAUUGGAUGUUCAAUAAAUGGUUUAGACGAAGAUUUUUCAUCGAAACUCGGUUUGAUUUGCGGGACUUCAACUUGCCAUAUGGCUGUCUCUAAGGUUCCUGUGUUUUGCCAGGGAGUUUGGGGACCAUAUUAUAGUGCUGUCAUUCCUGGUAUGUGGUUGAACGAAGGAGGUCAAAGUGCUACAGGAAAAUUGAUAGACCAUAUCAUAGAAACACAUCCAGCAACCGCGGAAAUUCAAACGAGGAUCGGAGAAAAGCAUAUUCAAGAAUACCUUUCGGAACUAUUGGAGAGGAUGGCGAAAAGAGAAAAUUUGAAAUCACCCAACUUGUUAACCAGUAAUCUUCACGUGUGGCCUGAUUUCCACGGAAACCGAUCCCCUUUAGCCGAUCCUGGGUUGAGAGGUUCCGUUGUCGGAUUAACUCUUGGAAAUUCUGAGGAAGACUUGGCUCUACUCUACAUGGCUAUAAUUCAGGCAUUAUCCUAUGGUACACGGCACAUUAUAGAAUGCUUGAGAGAUUCAGGGCACAAUUUGAAAACGAUUCUUAUUUGUGGAGGUCUGAGCAAGAAUAAACUUUUUGUGAAAACCCAGGCAGACGUUGCAAAACUACCAGUGGUAUGUCCGGAUGAGCCGGAGGCUGUUCUUCUAGGUUCCGCUAUUUUGGCCGCUUCAGCUGCGGGUUAUUUCGGAGAUAUGAAAGCUGCUAUCAGAAGAAUGGGAGGCAGUGGAACAGUGAUUCACCCCAAUAUAGAUUUAGCCAAUUUUCACGAUAAAAAGUAUAAGGUAUUUCUGAAAAUGUACAAAGAUCAAAUGGAAUAUAGGCGGAUUAUGGACGCGGAAUGAUUGAAUACUAGGAUGACACGAAGUUAGUAAAAUUGAUAUAGGUAGUGAGAUUUAAACUCUCAAUAACUGUCAAGAAAUAUUCAAAUUUUAAUGAUUUCUCGUGUUGAUAGUUCAUUAUGUAAUUUCACUCUUUUUCAAUAUUCAAGGAAAUUGUUUGGGAU